GAAGCGGGAGGGGAGAGUGAAACAGGAAAAGAAGGGAAGAAGGAAGAAGAGGAAAGAGAAGGAGAGGGGAGAAGGAGGAGGGAGGCGGUGGCGGCGCCGUGGCGGAGGAGCAGGAGCAGGAGGGGGAUGGAGAGGAGGCGGCUCGUGGGUGGAAUGGCGCUCCUGCUCCUCCAGGCGCUGCCCAGCCCCCUGUCAGCCAGGGCUGAACCCCCGCAGGAGAAGGAAGCCUGUGUGGGUACCAACAAUCAAAGCUACAUCUGUGACACAGGACACUGCUGUGGACAGUCUCAGUGCUGCAACUACUACUAUGAACUCUGGUGGUUCUGGCUGGUGUGGACCAUCUUCAUCCUCCUGAGCUGCUGCUGUGUCUGCCACCACCGCCGAGCCAAGCACCGCCUGCAGGCCCAGCAGCGGCAACAUGAGAUCAACCUGAUUGCCUACCGGGAAGCCCACAACCACUCUGCGCUGCCAUUUUAUUUCAGGUUUUUGCCAAACUAUUUACUACCUCCUUAUGAGGAAGUGGUGAACCGACCUCCAACUCCUCCCCCACCAUACAGUGCCUUCCAGCUUCAGCAGCCGCAGCCACAGCAGCAGCUGCUUCCACAGUGCAGCCCUGCAGGUGGCAAUCCCACCAGCACUGAUCCUACCCGGGGUCCCCCAGGGGCAUCAAGCAGCCCCCUGUCUGGGCCCAGCAGAAGCAGCACAAGACCCCCGAGCAUUGCUGACCCUGAGCCCUCUGACGUGCCAGCCGACCACGUGGCCACCAAAGCCUGUGGAAUGGAGCCCAGUGGUUCAGUGGCCGGUCUGGGGGAGCUGGACCCUGAGGCCUUCCUGGACAAGGAUUCGGAAAGUAAGGAGGAGCUGCUGAGAGAGUACGACUCUGAGCAUGGUAGUGCACUCCCAGACAGCAAAGACAAGACGCCAGGCAGACACCGCCGCUUCACUGGGGACUCGGGCAUCGAGGUGUGUGUGUGUAACCGGGGCCACCACAACGAUGACCUCAAAGAGUUCAGCACACUUAUUGAUGAUGCCUUGGAUGGACCUCUGGACUUCUGUGACAGCUGUCAUGUCCAGCCCCCUGGUGACGUGGAGGAAGGGCUCUGCCAGCCCUCCGAGGAGCAGGCUCGAGAGCCUGGGCAUUCUCCCCUACUCCAGCCACCUGCAUGCCUGCUGCUGAACACCAUCAAUGAGCAGGACUCUCCAAACUCCCAGAGCAGUGGCUCCCCCAGCUAGAGCAGCAACUGCCUGCACCCAGGAACUUGGCAAAACAACCAGGGUUGGGGAGAGCCACAAGAGAAGCAUUAAGGACUUUUGGAGAAAGUGCUACAGCCACUUUGGUGUUUUUUUCUUUCUUUUCUUCUCUUUGCAUUUUCCUACAUUUCCAGGUACGGUUUGGGGUGCGGAUGCCUCUCUCCCCACAGAAGCACAGUGCUGUGGAGAGCUGAGAAGUAGGUGUGACUCCUUCCUCUCACUUGCCCCACCGCCUUCUGUCCCCUUUCCGAGUCCUAGCUCACCUCCCCUUUGGGUCAGAGAAGUGUGUUUUCAGAGCCCCCAGGGAAGGGAGCUGGGACUGUGCCCUGCAGUGGGCCUCGCUGAUGGAACGGAUUUAUGCUCCAGUUUUACUUUAAGAGAACUUUGCUGUGUCUGUGGCCAGGAGAGGCAGCCUGUCUUGGCCCUGGAUUAGGGAAGCCCACAGAUGGCUGGGAUUGUCACCAGUGACUGGCAGCGUCUGCAGAGCUGGGAUCCGAUCAUUCUUGGGGAGGAAGAGAACCGGACGGCAGUUGUGAGGCAGGUUGGUAGGGGUUUGGUCCCUCAAAUCCCAGGGGACAUGGUGGAUGCACUGCCAGGUGUCCUCCACCGUUUCUUCCCCAGAAGUCCCUUGCUGCCUUUGGACUGGUGUGCAAGAUAAUCCUGCCUUUUUUUGUUUGUUGGUUGAUUUUUGUUUUGUUUUGUUUUUCUUUUUAAAACAAACAAAAGGCAGCUGAAGACAAGGAGCCUACCAGUGGGCAGACGAAAAUUAUCUCCUGGAAGAAGGAAGUUUGUGGCUAUUUCCCAAGGCGGCUUUCAAAGGCUGUGGUGGCACCGGAGCCAGCCACGGGUAUUUUGUGCCGAGGCUCGGCUGGCCCGGGGGCCAUUCCUGGAAGCCAUCUCUAGGAGCCCUGUGAGCACACAGCCCUGACCAUGGUGGUAGGUGGGCGUGCAGCUCCAACGUGUCUGUGCUUGGCCUGUGCCUACCUCACAGCGUGGGGUCAGCAGCCUAGCAUCUCCUUGCUUCAGGAAAGAGGGGCCUCAGAAGCUGUGGGGCCUGAGAAAGAGCGGCCCAUCUCACACAACCUUCUCUCUAUGAUUCUGAAUUGCUUUUGUUUGUUUGUGUUUGUUUUAACUGACCACUUAAGGGAAAUGCCUUGGUUAUCUGUGGUUUCCAUGUCCUGUCCCUGACCCCCGUUUGGCAUGGGCUGAUGCUUUUUCUGUAGCCUCCGUCAGGAGUCUGAGUGGCCAGGUUCAGCGGGUGAAGACCACAGCGUUCCUCUUCCUGCUGUUGGGCUCCAGGUGCCCAGAUGGACUUCGAAAGGAAGGCUGAGGGAGACACAACGGCCGACACUAACGUUCCCUGCGCAGCCGUGUUCCUACGAAGAGUUUGGUUCUUCCCCCACUCUUGAACGAUGAUAUUUAGUCUAAGCAUAGAUGUAAUGGCAAGAAAGGAAAAAAUAUAUAUAUACAUACACAUAUAUAUAUGCAUAUACAUAUAUGUACAUGAAAAGCAGACAGAUCCAAGGUUGUGAGGUGAACAAGCAUCCAUGUUUGGAUUCCACAAAACCAAAAUCCACAUCGAACAAAGUGAAGUCUGUAUGCAGUGACUUUCCGGGUGAUCUGUGUGUGUCUGUCCACUGUGUGUGAGCCCCAAGCCCUGUGUUCCUGUGAAGAUACUUUGAACAGCAGCCAUUCUGCUCACAUUAGCCACACGUCGGGAGCAAACCUGGCCCUCUCAAGGUAAUUUAUUUUACGCAUUUACUGUUUACCGAACAAAUGUCUGACUGUGUACUCUGGGUUUCCAGCAGCAUUGUCAACGGCAGCCCCCCAUGUUUGCCUGAGACGCUGUGCUCAGGGUAGAGGUUGUACUCUGCCCACCACUGCAAUUUGCACAAUUGGCUUCAUGUACCCUCGGAGGCCUGUGUUCUGUUCCCUGUACAAGGAAACAUGCUGAGCCUGUCUGCCUCCCUCAGCUGCUCCCGGCCCUCGGUCUCAGCGCCUGGGAAGUGUCCAGAACCACUUGGGACGGGAAGGCCACGGAGCUGUUGCAGAGAGAAGCUUGAUGGGAUCUCCAGUGAUAAGCAUGACCUAGUGGCAACCCUGCCUGGGGCUGGCGGGAGGCCUUGGUGCGUGCCAUGGUGUGCAGUACCAUGGGGCUUCCCUUCCUUCACUGAAGCCUGGCAGGUGCAGGCCAGCUGCCACGUGGCCUGAGCGGCUGGAGCGCAGGCGCAGCCCUCAGAGAUGCCUUUCCUGCUGUCCUUUUUAUGUUUAAUCCCAAACAACUCACUGAAGUGUCUGAAAGGAGAACAAGUUGCACCAAAAUGAAUCCUGAUUCAGUUAACUGAUCAAAUGGAAGAAUUCUGGCCCUCGCAAAUGUCUUCCCCCAAAGCAGAGGGGAUGUGGUCCACAUGUUGACUGUUGGGAGUCACUGCAGCGCCUUGCCCUAAAGGCAAGAGAAGAUGCGGCCGGCAGAGGUGGGCUUGAUCCGCAGUCACAGCCUGGCUCUGCGCUGCCAAGGGAGAGGGAUGGGCAGGGGCCUGGGAGGUGUGAACAAGGCCAGCUUUCCAGGUGGAGGGUGAGGAAGGGAUUGGUAGAGAGUUUGGUGCUACAGUGGGGAGGUUUGUAAACGCUAACAUUCCUGUGCAAGGCCCAGUGCCAUUUGUCAGUUGUGAAUAUGUGUAUUUUAAGCAAUAAGAUUCAGCUGGUCCGACUGUUCUGGGCAGUCUCGGUGACGCAUUUCCUGUGCUGUGAUUGUUCUGAAGACAGAGUGGCUCUAACCACUGUGAGAAGCCCAAAUAAAAAUCAAUCCCCCAAAA